GUAGCGCGGACGCGGGUCGGGACAAGGGUGCCGGGAGGUUGCCCGGCCGCCCGCGCCGCCGCCCCUUGACUGACGCACAGAGGGGCCGGGACACGAUUUGCCGCGAGUGACUGGAGCCGCCGCCGCCACCACCGCCCGGUCCCGCUCCGCCCCCAGCCCGCCUUCCUCCCGCCUCGCCCUCCGCCUCCGCCCGCACCUCGCUCGCGUCCCCGCGUCCUCCCCACCGCCCCGGAGCCGCCGGCCGCCAGCGCCAGCCAGGUGCAGCUGUAAAAAGAAAGAAGAAGAAAAAAAGAUCGCCAUCAGGAGGAAAAGAAAAUUUACUAGAGGAAGUUACGAGAGUAAAAUGGAGGCCUCAGUAAUAUUACCCAUUCUGAAGAAAAAACUAGCCUUCCUUUCAGGCGGGAAGGACAGACGAAGUGGCCUCAUUCUGACAAUUCCAUUAUGCCUGGAACAGACAAAUAUGGAUGAGCUAAGUGUCACCUUAGACUACCUACUCAGCAUUCCAAGUGAAAAGUGUAAGGCUAGAGGAUUUACCGUGAUUGUGGAUGGCAGAAAAUCACAGUGGAAUGUGGUGAAAACAGUUGUCUUAAUGCUACAGAAUGUUGUUCCAGCUGAAGUGUCCCUGGUUUGUGUAGUGAAGCCAGAUGAAUUCUGGGAUAAGAAAGUAACACAUUUUUGUUUUUGGAAAGAAAAGGAUAGACUUGGCUUUGAGGUUAUUUUAGUGUCCGCCAAUAAAUUGACUCGUUACAUAGAACCAUGCCAGUUAACAGAAGAUUUUGGUGGGAGUCUCACCUAUGAUCACAUGGACUGGUUAAAUAAGAGGCUGGUUUUUGAGAAAUUUACAAAGGAAUCUACAUCAUUAUUAGAUGAACUUGCUUUGAUUAACAAUGGAAGUGAUAAAGGAAAUCAGCAAGAAAAGGAAAGGUCUGUGGAUUUAAACUUUCUUCCAUCAGUUGAUCCUGAAACUGUUCUUCAGACAGGGCAUGAAUUGUUAUCCGAAUUACAGCAGCGUCGAUUUAAUGGCUCAGAUGGAGGGGUCUCAUGGUCUCCUAUGGAUGACGAACUGCUUGCACAGCCACAGGUUAUGAAAUUAUUAGAUUCACUGCGAGAGCAGUAUACCCGCUACCAGGAAGUUUGUAGGCAGCGUAGUAAGCGUACACAGUUAGAAGAGAUUCAACAGAAAGUGAUGCAGGUUGUGAACUGGCUUGAAGGGCCUGGAUCAGAACAACUGAGAGCCCAGUGGGGGAUUGGAGACUCCAUUCGGGCUUCCCAAGCCCUACAGCAGAAGCACGAAGAGAUUGAGAGCCAGCACAGUGAGUGGUUUGCAGUAUAUGUAGAACUUAAUCAGCAAAUUGCAGCACUCUUAAAUGCUGGGGAUGAGGAAGAUCUUGUGGAACUGAAGUCGCUGCAGCAACAACUUAGUGAUGUUUGUUAUCGACAGGCCAGUCAGCUGGAAUUUAGGCAGAAUCUUUUACAAGCAGCUCUUGAAUUUCACGGUGUUGCCCAAGAUUUGUCUCAGCAGUUGGAUGGCUUAUUAGGGAUGUUGUGCGUAGAUGUAGCACCAGCUGAUGGAGCAUCGAUUCAGCAAACUUUAAAACUGCUUGAAGAGAAGCUGAAAAGUGUUGAUGUAGGAUUGCAAGGUUUGCGUGAAAAAGGUCAAGGUCUUCUGGAUCAGAUCUCCAAUCAGGCAUCCUGGGCCUAUGGAAAAGAUGUAACCAUUGAAAAUAAAGAAAAUGUGGACCACAUACAAGGAGUGAUGGAAGAUAUGCAGCUUAGGAAACAAAGAUGUGAAGACAUGGUAGAUGUGCGAAGAUUAAAGAUGCUUCAAAUGGUGCAGUUGUUUAAAUGUGAAGAAGAUGCUGCCCAGGCAGUAGAAUGGCUAAGUGAACUUCUGGAUGCUCUUCUUAAGACCCACAUCAGAUUGGGAGAUGAUGCUCAGGAAACAAAAGUUUUAUUGGAAAAGCAUAGAAAAUUUGUUGAUGUUGCACAGAGCACUUAUGACUAUGGAAGACAGCUGCUGCAGGCCACAGUUGUUCUGUGUCAGUCUUUGCGCUGCACCUCUCGAUCAUCCGGGGACACACUUCCUCGGCUCAACAGAGUGUGGAAACAAUUUACAAUAGCAUCUGAAGAGAGGGUACACAGGCUGGAAAUGGCUAUUGCAUUUCACUCUAAUGCUGAAAAGAUUUUGCAAGACUGUCCAGAAGAGCCUGAAGCUAUUAAUGAUGAGGAGCAAUUUGAUGAAAUUGAAGCAGUUGGGAAAUCACUUUUAGAUAGACUAACUGUUCCUGUAGUUUAUCCCGAUGGAACUGAACAGUAUUUUGGGAGUCCAAGUGACAUGGCUUCUACUGCAGAACACAUCAGAGACAGGAUGAAACUAGUUAGUCUCAAAAGGCAGCAGCUGAGACAUCCCGAAAUGAUGGCUACGGAGAGCUAAUAGCUGCCUUCUUUCCCCAGAUCUGCAGUUCACAGUCCCGCAUGGAGUCGGCAUACUACAACAUUAGCUACGAUACUUUUAAGAUGCAUUUCACAGCCAGGAUAAGCCUCAUUUCUUUCCAUUACACAUUUCUCUCCACAUGUUAAAACCUCGUUACUACCAAGGCAUAAUUAUGUAACGUACUUUGAGACCAUAGACUCCAAGUAUCUUAAAAGAAAAACUGUAAACAUUGCACUGAAAACUUGCUUUAAAGCUUUACCUGACCUGUCAGUUUGUAGAUGAACAACUGAUAAUAAGCUUUGAAUGGUGCUAAUAAGAGUUUAGGAAUUCUCUAUGUAAGAAAUGAUUGCCCCUCCUCCCCAGGUGAUGUAGUAAAUUUAGACUAUAGUUAAACUGUUACUAGUAGGCAGUGGUGUCCUCAAAAUUUUACUUUGUAAUUCUUCACAACUGAUUAUUUUUAUUGUGUCAGUAUGAAGGAAAGGUUCAGAUUUUUGAUAUAUUCAUUAAAAGGCAUUUUUUAUUUGUUUUGAUAAUGUAUUAAAAGUUGUUUGUGCUUAAUAAAAGACUUCUUUUAAACAUCUUAUUUAAUUUGGUGGUUACAUCCUGUUUCCAAACAUGAGUGCCUUAUUUAAAAUGGCAUUCUUAGGAUUGUGAGGAUGGUUUAGUAUUUGUUUUUUCAUGUUGGUUGCAUGUGUUUUAGCCAGGAGAUUCAUAUGUAAGCAUGUAUAUAUAAUAAAUAAGCAUGUUUUAUCAUGAAAAAUAAUUGUGAAGAACAAUUUAGAUCUUUAAGAACUUAUGAAUAAUGGAAUUAUUUCUAAUUUUUCUCUUCCUCAACUUGAAAAAUGUUAUGCAGAUUAUUUACUACUUUGAAGAUAUUUUGUUUUGGGGGGAGGAGGGCUAGGGAAGAAGGCAUACAUAGUUACUUAAGUGUAAUCCUUUAUAUCAGAGUAAUCUUUCUCAGACUAAAAUAGCAAUUGUUAAUAAAAUGUAAUUUCUCAUGAUAGAUUAGAAGCAAGAUUCUGAAGUAGUAUAACAAAAAUUAUACAACACUUUUAGAAAUAAAAUUUGUAAAAUGUUAGUGCUUUUAAGUUUAUAUUAAGUUUAAGUGAAAAAAUUUCAUAUAAUGUGUUAAUUUUUAUUUCAGAAAAUGUUUUGAGAAAGAUUAAAAAUAAUUUUGUAGUCUGUGAUCAAUACAAAAUUAUGCAAAGAA